CUAGUAGCGCCAGUUGUCCAGAACUAUGAUAAACAAACUUAAUCUUGAAGGAAGCACAACAUCUUGUGAGAUUUCAUAGAAGAGUAAGUUACGUGUGAAGUUAUUGACGCGUGUGACGGAUUAAAGAGUUUCGAUAAGUGCCAUAUCAAAAAGCGUAAAUAUAAGCAAACAAUCAAAAUGGGUAGCACGGAUAAAGCCGUGAUCACGGGAUUUAUAUGCAGACUUUGUAGUAAGAUGAACCGUUUCGUGAUCCAUAUAUACGGCGAAGAGGGUGAAAGAAUGAAACUCGCCGAAAAAAUAAACGCUUAUCUUCCAAUUACGGUAAACAUGAAUGAUCCAUUACCAAAAACAGCGUGUCUACAUUGUAUCGAACGGCUAGAAGCUCAUCAUGAAUUAAUGGAGCAAUUUAUGUUCGCUAAGAGAAGGUUAACUACUGAAAAUAAGUCGUCGACAGUAGCAUCAUCAUCUGCACAAACUCUUGAUACUGCCCCAGCAUCUAGCCCACCCCCGUGUUGACAUAUAGAAUUAAAAGCAGAAGAUAUUCUCGCUCGAUACUAUUAAACAUUUUCUGUAUCUUAUUUGUCGCGUUACUUUAGUAAUUUAUUACUAGAAGAACAUGAAACUGUUGAACAAAAAAGCAGGUAUAAAGUUAAUGAAUUUAUUUGGCAAUCUAUAAAACUAUCAGAGUGAUCUACUUGUUUUUAAUCUUAAAUUUUUUUUUGUUUUUGCAUCAGUUGUCACAAUCUUUUUUUAUACAACAUAAUGGACUAUUUGUAAAAAAUCACAAAAUGUCAUCUAUUUUUUUCUUGACUGAUAAUGAAAUGAAAUAUAUUUAUAUAAAUAAUGCUUCAGAUAUACAUACAUUUGGGCAUACGCAAUAAUGUUAACAUAAUUGAAUUUAUAUUUUAUUUUAUGUAUUCUGUAUUAUUUUUCAUUAGGAAAUACUUUCAGACAUUUUUUUAACGGUUCUUGAUACUAUUGUACCUUCAAUGCAUCCAUGUUACUGGUGUACAAAGAUAAAUAAAGUAGAUAGGUGUAUUCAAAUAAUUUCUUAGACUAUUAGGUAAUAUCACACGAAGUAAUCAAAUAUAGAAAAAAGAAAAAAAGGCUUUAGUUAACAAAAUUUGUACUAGCACUAUGUAUCAUAUACACGAGAUUGCCAAUAUUGUUGAACAUUAUAUUAUUCAUACUCUCUCCAUAAUUCAGUAUCAAUAGUUAAAAUGUCGUAACACUAUAUGUAUAUGGUACAAAGUAUGAUAACAUGAAUGUUUGCAUAACUGUAUUGUAUUAACAUACAUUAUUGUGCAGAGUUUAACAAAAUUUUAAUGUUCACCAUUUAAGUUGCAAUAUAAUAAAUGUAUACAAAUUUGUAAACAUAGAAUUUUAAUUGAAUGAGAUAUUUUAUUGUUAUAUUUAAGACUCUAGAAUCUUAAUCGUGACCCAAGGAUAAAUAACCACUAUAAUUUGUUAAGAUAAGAUUUAUUUCUUAACAAUACUCACUAACACAAUUAACUGUUAUGCGGAACAAUAUUACUGAUUGACGACACAAUCCGAAUUGUGCUCACUACAUGUAUUAUUUCGCAUGUAAUUCAUGAUUUACAACAGGGAGAAACAUUGUCUUUAGAAGUCAAGGAUGCGUUCGUCACUCAAACAUCGUUGUUGUACAUUUUUAGAGAUUUCAAUAUAAUCCGCGAAAUAUUAUUUCCUUUGUUUUGCUUUUUCAAAUAUGCUGUGAAUUAUCACUUAAGUAACAAUAAUAUAAAUUUGUUGUAUCUGUGACUAAAUGUAUAAAUAAUAAUGUCUUUCUACAUCAAACUGAUACUGUAAAGUUUAUUGUUAACACCGGUACCGUAAUGUUUUUUUCAUUAAUAUACUUCUUAAAUGUAGAUUGUAGACAGAAAUAAAACAAUGAUAAGUGACUAACACGUUAUUAACAUCGCAAUUCUGUUAUCUAUUAUUUCGCCCUUUAUCAUAGAAUUUCUAAGAUUCGCGGUGAGUGUCGAUACACAUCCUUCGAAUUUCUUAAGGCAAAUGUAUAAUAUGUGCUACUGAAAGAUUUCUGAAACCAUUAUACAAUAAUAUGCGCAGCUAUAUUCAUAUGUGGUAAACAACUACAGAAACCUGAUUUAUGAGUGGUUCAACACGCGCGCGCACAUACACAACACACACACACAGAGUGUAAAAUAUGUACAAAGAUUUGCGGCGCCCAAUUCCUAAUUCUUUCCUUUUGCCGCAAUCAGUGUGUGACCAUGUUGUUUGAUAUUAUAAAGCACGUCCACGACUGAUCUUUUAUAAAAAAUAUAUAAUAUAUAUAUCUAUAUAAAAUUUCAUUCUCUUUUCAGCCAACAUCUCUUCGUACAAAUUUAGUUGCAUUCAGUGUAUUUGAUUUCGU